UAUUCGUUUGCGCUUUAUUUCUUUCGUUCUUUUGCAUUUUUCUUUCACUUUCUCGCUCUUUCUUCUCAAAAGCCCAAACAAACAAAUUAAAAAACCGCACACUCUUCUCAUUUUAAGACCCUUUCUCUGUCUCCCUCUGUCUGUCUUUCUCUUUCUCUCCUUCCUUCUGUAUCUCACUUGAAAGCGCACUUUCCGUCUUUGUUUCUUGAUUCUUGAAUCUCUACCGGCCAUGAUGGACAAUGGUUUCUCUUCCCCUCGAAAGGAUGCUUUUCCUGUUGGUCUUCGUGUUCUUGUUGUCGAUGACGAUCCCACCUGGUUGAAAAUUCUUGAAAAGAUGCUCAGGAAGUGCUCUUACGAAGUGACCACUUGUGGUUUAGCAAGAGACGCUCUGCACUUGCUUCGUGAGAGGAAAGAUGGAUAUGACAUUGUGAUCAGUGAUGUCAACAUGCCAGACAUGGAUGGUUUUAAACUUCUAGAACAUGUUGGACUCGAGAUGGAUCUUCCUGUUAUUAUGAUGUCUGUUGAUGGAGAAACCAGUCAGGUUAUGAAAGGCGUUCAGCAUGGAGCCUGUGAUUAUCUUCUCAAGCCAAUACGAAUGAAAGAACUUCGAAAUAUAUGGCAGCAUGUAUUAAGAAAGAAGAUAAAUGAGGUAAGAGACAUUGAAAUUCUUGAAGGAAUGGAAAGUAUCCAAAUGGCUAGAAAUGGAUUAGAUCAGUCCAAUGAUGGUCACUUGCUUUGUGGAGAAGAUCUGACUUCAGUCAAGAAAAGAAAAGAUGUUGAAAGCAAGCAUGAUGACAAAGAUCCUGGUGACAAUUCUUCCACAAAGAAAGCCAGAGUAGUUUGGUCGGUAGACCUUCAUCAGAAAUUUGUAGAAGCUGUAAAUCAGAUAGGAUUUGAUAAAGUUGGUCCAAAGAAAAUCCUUGACUUGAUGAAUGUGCCAUGGUUGACAAGGGAAAAUGUUGCAAGCCACUUGCAGAAAUACCGCCUCUAUUUGAGUAGAUUGCAGAAGGAAAAUGACACAAAAAUUUCUGUUGGUGGGAUAAAGCAUUCAGACUCACCUUUGGGAGAUUCUGCUAAUAGUUUUGGUACUCAGAACUCAAUCAACAUCCAACAGAAUGAUGUUUCAAGCCGCAGCUGUGGAUUUUCAGGUAAUAGUUUACUUGUCCAGAAUGUGGAGCCUAGAAGCCAUGACAAUGAUCGAAAGGGAAUUGUUUCAAAGAUUGUUGCAGAACCCAAAAGAGCUUUAACUGUUGAAGUUCCUGAUCCGCAUAAGCCGAGGAGCUCACAAAUGGAAUUUGGUCAUUCUUUAACAUCUUCGGCAUCAGAAGUAAACUAUGCAGAAUAUGAUUCAAACUUCCCAACAAAGUUUUCAUGGUGGGAAAUUCCACAAAGUCGACUGAAGCAAGAACAGAAGCCACUCCAUUUAGAUGAUGGUUUUAGCCACCUGACAUGGCCUGGUAAACAACAGCACAUCCAAGUUGAUUAUCCACAGCCAGCUCCACCCAUUAUUUCUGGAUCUUCUGUAACUGGAAGAGGCAUGGGUGGCUCUGUUAAAAUUAAACCUUUGUACGAUGAGUGCAGGAAGAAUGGUAGCCAAGUAAGUUCAACAGAGAGCACAAUCGAAGCUAGCCACGUUCAAACCAAGACCUAUAAGGUGAAUCAUCAAACUUUUGAGCCCAUUUCCACCAACACAUCAAGCCUGAAAAAUCAGGCUUCCAAUCUGAGAUGCAUAUCAGACUUGGAAUCAGCGCAAAAGAAUAUAAAUUGGGGCAUGUCACCUUUUGCAACAUUGGAUGAUGAUUUUCAAGUCCGUUGGGUUCAAGGUGAUUGUUAUGCUAUGAAUCUUGGACUCGAAAAUAUCGAUUUUCCAGAGUACUUUGAUCGGGGGCUCCUUGCUGAUGUUCCAACACACCUGUAUGAUGCAGUGAGUUUUGACUACCAGAAUCUCUAUGAUCCAACAGAAUGUUCUCUAAUAGAGCAAGGUUUGUUUAUAGCAUAACCUUGCUCUACCACCUCCCAUGGAAUUUCAUCAUUUCUUGUUUAAAAUAUAUGAACAAUAUAUAGGAUGAAGGUUUGAAACUCCUCAACAUUAUUUCCAUGACAGUCGAUGGUCUUGGAUGUUGAAACAUGUAUAAUCGGGAUGAUGACAAAAAUUUAGCAUAAUAAGCUUGCUUCUUCAAGUUUCUCUAA